UCAAAUAUCGUCAUCGGAGUGCGGUACCCAAAGGCAAGAUCGCGCCGAACCAUUGUUCAGAUUGAUUUUGAAGUGUGAAAAAGUGACCAAAAACUGUGAAGUUGAGGCUGUUUGAAAUAUUAGGGGUUCUGAGUGAUUGAUUACACGUGAUACCAACAAACCUCGUGAUUAGAGGAAGAACCCGAAAGAACCGAAGCCAAUUACGAGUGAGCCGUGAAUAUCAAUCAGUCUAGUGCGAUUUAGAGAUCAAGAAAGUACUUUCGGUGACAUGGCUUAUCGCGUAAGUGGGGCAAUUGUCGGAUGUUUUAUAUUGCUGCUCGUUUUGACCAUCGGUGUAUUUGCGAAGGCGAAGGUGUACCAGAAGUGCCCCUUGGCGAGAGAGCUGGACAGUCACCAAAUCUCCAGGACAUUGAUUUCGAACUGGGUUUGCUUGGUCAACGCCGAAAGUGGUGCCGACACGUCCAAAAAAGUUGCGCUGGAUAAUCUUACCACCAGCUAUGGUAUAUUUCAGAUAAACAGCAAGGAUUGGUGUCGUGUUGGCCGCAAAGGCGGAAAGUGUAAUAAAAACUGCGAAGAUUUCCUAACCGAUGACAUUUCCGAUGACAUCGAGUGCGCCAAGUUGAUCUACAAAGAUCAGGGAUUCUCCCACUGGAAAGGAUGGGUGAACAAAUGUAAACAGAAACCGCUACCCGACAUCUCCAGCUGCUGGAAUUGAGAGGCGAAUGAUGAUCACGUCUUCGUUUAUUCGAAGAUCAUUGAAAAUAUAUAUGAUUUGGAUUCGAAAUUUGGAUUAUUCCUACAGAAGAUCCGAACGACCACGUUCGACUCUUGUUGGACCUAAACUGAUAUGGCAGCAAUAUUCUUGAAAUACAAAGAAAUAUAACGAAUGGUAGCACACUGGCAUUCAAUCACAAAAAUUGGUUCGUCGACCACAUUCAAGCAGGAUUUGUAGUCAAAACAAAUCCUCUGUAAUAAUAGUUGUCCGAGUGAAAGUUGCAUCAGAAAUAAUUAGAGUGAAUAAAAUAUUCUGGACAGUCGGACAAUAUCGUUCA